AUCUGUGUCCAUAUUCGAACAUAGGAAUGGGGCGAUACAGCUACAGUCAACCUUCAAGUAGUUCUAGAAGGUUGUGGAGUAAUGGAGAACCAGAAGUGAGCUCUACUCCUUUGCGUCGAUCUAUGAGUUGUGGAAUUCCUAACAGAUGCUACUGCGGUUUGCUUACCGUGAUGAGACCAAUGGACAGUGCAGACGAAUAUCCUGGUAGGAUGUUCUUUGGAUGCAAGGAUUAUAAGUUUAGUCCCCCUCAUCUAGUCAAUUGGUGGGAUGAGGCCGAAGCACAGAAUCGGAUUGAGGCAGAACUAGCUCAACUAAAAGAGCUAGUUGUAGACAAGAAGCGUUUGAGAUGCCUUGAGCUGAGG